AUGGCACAAAGUUUUGUCCUUGAAGAAGAGAAGGAGGCCGAAAAUGGUAGAGAAAAUGUACCUUUAGAGUCUUAUGAUUCUAAUGAGGAGGAGGAGCAAGUUGAUGACUGUUUUCCCGAAAAAAAUAGUCUGGUAAUGAGGAGAGCCCUCCAAAUGCACGUGGAGGUUGAGAAAACCCCAAUUCAAAGAGAGAAUGUCUUCUUAACCAAAUGCAAGGUUAAUGAAGAUGUGUGUGACUUGAUUGUUGAUAGUGGCAGUGAGGCUAAUGUUGUGUCAAGUGAUCUUGUUAAGAAACUUGACUUGAAGACUACUAGACAUCCUACUCCUUACAAGUUGAGUUGGCUUGAUAAGAGCAAGAGUACGGGGGUUAGAAAACAAUGUCUAGUAAAAUUUCAGAUUGGUUCGUAUGUGGAUGAAAUUUUAUGUGAUGUCAUUCCCAUGGAUGCUUGUCACAUUUUGUUAGGGAGGCCAUGGCAAAGUGACAAAAAAUCAGUACAUGAUGGCCUAUCAAACACCUACACCAUUACUCACCAAGGCAGCAAGAAAGUGUUGCACCCCUUACCACCACAAAAAAGCCUUUCCCAAACACAAUCCCCACCACCACAAAAAGAGCCCAAAAGAAAGGACAUUUUGUUGCUUUCCUUAAAAGAAUUCAAAAACUCUUUGGAGAAAGAAGAUGAAGUGUUCUUAUUGUUUUCUAAUGAGGAACACGAAGGUUUUGUCCAACAAAACCCUAGGCUAGCCGCAUUGAUCAAGGAGUAUGAAGAUGUUUUUCCUAAUGAAUUACCACAAGGGUUGCCUCCUAUUCGUGGUAUAGAGCAUCAAAUAGAUUUGAUUCCGGGAGCCCCCCUUCCAAAUAAACCCCCUGAUAGAUGCAAUCCCAUGGAAACUAAGGAAUUACAAAGACAAAUUGAGGAGUUGAUUCAAAUGGGUUACGUGAGAGAAUCCAUGAGUCCUUGUGCCGUUCCAGCUUUACUUGAUGAUAUGUUAGAUGAGUUAAGUGGAGCUCAAGUGUUUUCCAAGAUAGAUUUAAGGAGUGGAUAUCACCAAAUUAGAAUGAGGGGAGGUGAUGAGUGGAAAACAACCUUUAAAACUAAGCAUGGUUUGUAUGAGUGGCUUGUUAUGCCGUUUGGAUUAACAAAUGCUCCAAGCACCUUCAUGAGACUUAUGAACGAAAUGUUGAGGCCAUUUUUGGGGAAGUUCGUAGUUGUUUACUUAGAUGACAUUCUCAUCUAUAGUAAAAAUGAGGAGGAACACUUGAAACAUUUGGAAGAGAUUUUCAAAACCUUGAGAGAGCAACAAUUGUAUGGAAAGUUGGAGAAAUGCCAUUUUUUGCUAACGGAUAUUGUUUUCCUUGGUUAUAUUAUUUCAGGUGAAGGAAUUAAAGUUGAUCCGAGCAAAGUGGAAGCCAUUUCUUCAUGGCCAAUUCCAAAAACAGUCACGGAGGUUCGUUCAUUUCAUGGACUUACAUCGUUCUAUAGGCGGUUCAUUGAACAUUUUAGCACCCUUAUGGGUCCCAUCACCGAAUGUACAAAGAAGGGAAGUUUUCAAUGGACUCCCCAGGCUCAAAAGGCGUUUGAGUUGGUGAAAAAAAAGAUGUGUGAAGCGCUGGUUCUAGCACUUCCAGAUUUCAUGAAACCAUUUGAAGUUGAGUGUGGUGCAAGUGGAAAAGGAAUAGGGGCUGUCCUAAUCCAAGAGAAGAAGCCAAUUGCGUAUUUUAGUGAGAAAUUGAGUCAAGGCAAAUUGAAUUACUCCACUUAUGACAAGGAAUUCUAUGCCAUGGUUCGAGCUUUGGACCAUUGGUCACAUUAUUUGAGGCCACAGCCUUUCAUCUUACACUCGGAUCAUGAAUCUUUCAGGUUCAUUCAUGGGCAAAAGAAGUUGAAUGCAAGGCAUGCUAAGUGGGUGGAAUUCCUACAAUCUUUCAACUUUGCAACCAAGUACAAGAAGGGCAAAACCAAUAUUGUGGCGGAUGCAUUAUCAAGAAGGCAUAAUCUUCUUGGAAUCAUGGAAACUAAAAUUCUUGGUUUCGAGGUCAUGAAGGAAUCAUACAAAGAUGAUCUUGAACUCAAGGAAAUCAUGGAGUCUUGCAAAAAUGGAGUCCACGGUUCAUUUGUCAUAGUAGAUGGUUUCCUUUUCAAAGGGAACAAACUUUGUGUUCCUAAAGGUGCAAUUCGAGAGUUGUUGAUCAAGGAAGCUCAUGGAGGAGGACUUGCUGGUCAUAUGGCUCGUGGAAAAGAUUCUAUCAUGGUGAUCGUUGAUCGGUUUUCAAAGAUGGCUCAUUUCAUAGCUUGUAAGAAGGUGGAUGAUGCGUUCAAUGUGGCACAACUUUUUUUUAAGGAAGUGGCUAGAUUACAUGGUUUGCCUAGAACCAUAGUUUCGGAUCGUGAUACUAAGUUUGUGAGUCAUUUUUGGAAGUCCUUGUGGAGGCUCGUGGUGAAUAAGGGAGGUAAUGAUUGGGACUUGAAGUUAGCUCAUGCAGAAUUUGCCUACAACAGAACUCCAAGCAAAACUACAAAGUAUUCACCUUUUGAAGUUGUGUAUGGUGUGAAUCCUUAUGUGCCGAUUGAUUACAUUUCGCUUCCUAAAGAUAAGUUCGUGCAUGGAAUAGCCAAGGAGCAUAUAGAAUUCAUGAUUGAUGUCCAUAAAGAAGUUAGGAAGAACAUAGAAAAGGCAAAUGAGUCAUACAAGAAGCAAGCUAACAAAAACUUGAGAAAUAUGAAGAAGUUCAAAGUGGGUGAUCUUGUGUGGAUAUUUUUGCGCAAAGAAAGGUUUCCUAAGCAAAGGAAACACAAAUUGAUGCCUAGGGCAGAAGGGCCUUUUCAAAUCAUGGAAAAGAUCAAUGAUAAUGCUUACAAAGUGGACCUUGGAGGGCAAUUCGAAGUUUCAUCAACUUUCAACGUGGGUGACUUGGCUCCUUAUCUAGAAGAUGAUGAGUUGAGGGCAACUCCUUUCGAAGAAGGGGAGGAUGAUGCAAAUCAUGACGAGUCCAUUAGUCCAAUCAAGCAUGAUCAUCUUACUAGUCCAAUUCACAAAGAAAUCAUUAUUGCUAAGUCAUUUGAAGAUCAAGUGUAA